AUGAGCAAGCGACAAGCUGAUUCACCUCUGGAUCUUGAUUUUCUAAAAAGAAAAUUAAAGAAAUAUCAAAAUUUAAUAGAUGAAUUGUCAACUGACAAACAUGAAAGUGACAUAUCUGUCAGAUCAGAUGACGAAGAUCAUUAUUGUCUUGUAGCUUCAGUUCAUGAUGAAUUAUCUGAGUCUGAUCUUGAAAAGAAGACCGUUCCCAAAACGGAUUCCGGUAGCAAGGUUCCUCGUACUCCACAAGACAAUGACACCAAUAAUUCUGAAAUUAUUGAACUACCGGAGAAGGCUCGGGAUCUUCUUGGGGUUGAAAAGCUUUCGAGUUCCAUCCUGAGCUUGUCGCGUGUUGGAAGGAGACUCUCAAAGGGGAUGGAAACCUCUACAAAAAAGGAAAUUUUAGAAAAAUAUCCUGAUAAAUGUAAUAUUAACCUAAAAGCUCCGAUUUUGAAUCCAGAGCUUUUGCCGUUGCUUCACAAGUCUGCUGUUGGCAGAUAUAAGCAUCUCGCGUCAAACCAAAAUCUCUGUGGCCUUUCCUUGGUUAGUCUCGGGAAAGCGCUGUGUGCUAUGUUCUCCGAUGAUGAAGAACCGUUGGAGAAGGAUGACAUCUUAGAGUUGCUGUGUGACUCCAGUAACAUUAUGUGUGAAUUAAUGUUUCAACUGGAAAAGGCUCGUAAAACUCAUGUCUAUCAGUACGUGGAGUCUAAACGCAAGACUGUUUUAGAAGAAUCUGUCACUGACGAGUUUUUAUUCGGCAAGAAUCUUUCUAAAAGGAUCAAAGAUUCUUCUACGGUUGAAAAAGCAGGUUUAACCUUGAAAUCCCAACCCGAGCAGAAGACUUUUGUUUCACGGAAGCGUUUUUUAAACUGGAAGAGCCCGGCUACGUCGCGAGGUGGCCCGUCCCAGUCGGGCUUCAACCGGAAACCAUUCCAGAAAUUUGGCCAGUUCAAUCGAUCGACACCACCACAAACUCGAUCUCUGAGCAAAUCCAAGGGCUAUCAGUCCCAAUCAAACAACACGAACCGCGAAAUUAACCCUGAUGGCAGGAAGAUUAUCUGCGAAGCAUUCAAGUUGAAAGGAGUAAAAGAAGAGUCUGUUAGUCUUCUCCUCAACUCGAUUACUGAAUCCACUCUUAAACAAUACAAUAAACCUAUUGUAGAUUGGUAUUAUUUUUGCAAAUCUCAAGACUUGAACUUAUACAAGCCAACUGAGGGUCAAGUUGCGGACUGGUUGUCUGGAAAAUUUCAUCAAGGUGCUUCUUAUAGUUCUCUCAAUACUUGUCGUUCGGCUCUUUCUUUAAUUUGUAGAGAAUAUAUUGGACAGAGUCCUUUAUUAUCUCGUCUGUUAAAAGGGAUUUAUAAAGAAAAACCCAGUAAACCUAAGAACAAUAAAAUUUACAGUCUUGAUCCGGUUAUUAAUAAAUUAGAACAAAUGAGUCCGCUCAGUGUUCUUAGUUUACCAGAAUUAACUAACAAGUUAUUAAUGUCAAUGGCCUUAAUUACGGCGCAUCGUAAACAAACUCUAUCACUUAUUAAACGAUCAAAUAUUAAAAAAGUUCAGAACGGUUAUGAAAUUCAAAUUCCGGAUUUUAUUAAGACGUCAAGACGUAGUCAUCAUCAAUCUCUUUUUAUUCUUCCUCGGUUUCCUAAAAAUAAAAAUUUGUGUGUUGCUUCAAUGUUAGAAGCUUAUUUAAAAGUUACAUCUGAUUUGUUGAUCAAUGACAAAAUAGAAGCUUUAUUUAUUACAACAAGACAACUUUUUAGAGCAGCUUCAAAAGAUUCUUUGAGAAGAUGGUUGAAAAUGUUCUUAUUUAACUGUGGUAUAUCAAGUGAAUAUACUCCUCACAGCAUCAGACAUGCUUCUACAUCAUCAGCUUUAGCUAAAGGAGUCGAUUUCUCCGUUAUCAAGAAUCUUGCUAGCUGGUCAGAAAACUCAAAGGUUUUUGUGUAA